AUGACCAUUGGUGAUAUUAAAAUUACUGACCAAUCGACGAGUCUUGUUGUUACACCGGCAUGGUACGAGCCGGUCAAAUCACCCGAUGCUGAUAAAGUACGCUUACCUGUUCAUUACAAUAAAGACUCUCCAACCGAUGUUCUCACAUUUCAAUGUUUAUCCACUUAUCGUUCGAUGAAAAAUAAAGAUCAAAUGAUAGAUUUUAUUGCUGAACCUUUUGUUGCCACCACUGACAACACGGAAACACUCAUCGUUGUACUUAAUGAACUUGCUGAAGAGCUCGGUGCUCGUCUCAGCUUUACUGAGAAGGCUUUUCAAUAUGAUAAUAGUGACUAUAGAACGGCAUGUGGCAUAGAACUGCAAGAAUCGGAUCUUGAUUCUCGAUACAAUCGCGAUUAUCCCGACGCUCAAGAAGAGAUGCGAGGAGGACGCCCUUACUAUUUUCCUCAAGGAUGGUAUCGCCAUGCACUAAAAGUCGAUGAUAAAUAUUCAAAUAAUCAUGUUUGGUUGGGCAUGAGCAAUUCACCAGGCGAAUGGUCAGUUGCUUAUCAUGGCACAGCAGCGGGUGCACUUGUUCUUCUUUUCAUUCUAUUUGGUGUGGCUAUGAGUAAUUUGUCAUCGGAAUGGAAUAAAUUCAAACGUGACUACAACAAACAGUAUGCAUCAGCGGCAGAAGAAGAUGAACGUAAACAAAUAUUUAUUGAAAAUGUCAAGCGAAUGCGUUCAUACCAACAAACUCAUCCUGAUGCAACAUUCACAGUGGCAAUCAAUUCUUUAACUGAUCGACGUAUUGAGGAACUUGUAUCUGGACCUACAAUUCACUUUGAAACUCGACCAGCAUUACUCAAAAGUUCCAUCGAAUUAAAAAACUUACCUGAAUCGCUCGAUUGGCGCACAAAAGGUGUUAUCACACCUGUGAUCGAAGAAGGUCCUAUUGGAGUGAUCUUGGGGCCCCUUGUGGCUACUGAACUUGUGGAGAGUCUUCAUGCCAUUCAUACCAACAAUCUCAUAGAAGGCAGCAUUCCAAGAAUAUACGACUGUUGUCUAGUACCACCUGAUCCUUUUGAAUGUAUGAAGAACUUAAGUGGUAUUUGCCGAAAGGUUGAUUAUCCAGAAAUUCUUAAUAAAUGCGAACCGAACGCAUGCAAAUCUUUUACUACGUUUGACGAAAUCAAGAGACUAACAGAUAAAGACGAAAAUACAAUGUUGACUUGGAUUCAAGACUCUACUUUAUGGGUGGUAAUGAACGCCUUUGGCAAGGGCUUCGGAGAUUACAAGGGCGGUAUUUACGAUGAACCGACAUGUCCACAAACAGAUGGAAAUCAUGCGAUGCAAGUUGUUGGUUAUGGUAUUGAAGGAGGUAGACCCUAUUGGCUGUGCAAAAAUAGCUGGGGUGAAGGCUGGGGUGAGAAAGGCUAUGUUCGUAUGGUACGCGUUACAUUAGAUGAACUUCAACGAAUGCGUCGAAAAAUUGAACAAGAUAUCAAAGCUGAGUUGAGUCGAAAAAAAAUCGAAAUGAAACGACAAUUUAUUAAAAGUUUUGUUAUCGUGGUUAGUGAAGACUUCACAUGUCUUGUUAGUGUACAACAUUUAAAAAAAACAACAAAAUCUAAUUUAUUGUAACGUUUUGUGCGAGUGUUUCCUCAACAAAUACAAACAAAUUAUAAUUAUCAAACAAAAGGUGUAGAAUGGAUUUUUAGUAAAGGAAAAUUUGAUAUAUUACAAGCUCGUCCUAAAACAACUUUAUUUCCAAUACGAGAAAAUCCUCAUGGGCAACCCAAUGUAUGA